AGAGAGAGAUAGGAAACUAAUAAUCCGGAUCAUCUCCAGUUUCCUCCUCCUUGAGGAUCCCCUAUCAACAGUCCGAGAAAUUGGACAGAGGGGAUCCACUGCUGCUGCUGCUGCAUAUUCUGCAUAAUAAUACAUCUAUUGAUAUUAAUCUAUAACGAAAGAUGAGUUCCGUGCAUAGGGGUGGUGCAGGGAAUAGCCAAAACGCGGACAUGGUAGCAGUGGCCAUUGACAAGGACAAAGGAAGCCAACAUGCAUUGAAAUGGGCUGUCGACAAUCUUCUUGGAAAAGGCAAAGCUGUCACCCUCCUCCAUGUCAAACAACCAAAAUCAGCCUCCGGCUCAGGGACAAACCUCGACGCUGCAAAGAGCCCGGCUGACAAGGAGUUUUUUCUUCCAUUCCGCUGCUUUUGCACACGUAAAGAUAUUAAAGUUAGUGAAGUCCUUGUUGAGGAUACUGACGUAGCCAGAGGCAUUUGUGAGUUUCUUAGCGCUAACUUAAUUCAGAAUCUGGUACUUGGUUCCCCGACUAGGGGCAUCGUCAGUACUAAAUUCAAGGCCUCAGAUAUUGCUAGCAGUGUUUCCAAAGCGGCUCCAGAGUUCUGCAAUGUUUACAUCAUCGCGAAAGGCAAAAUUUCAUCUCUGCGUUCUGCCACCUCUUCCCCAGGUCCAAACUCCCGUCUGCACAUGCAACACUCCCAAAGCAGCCAUAAUAGUCCAUCUUUCAAUCAUUUGGAUGCACGAUUCACACCAUCCACCAGAGUAUCUGAUCAGAGGAUUCCAUUCGCUCCUCGCCAUAACUCUGAAGAUUUAGACAUCAAGUCUCCUUUCACCAGAGGAAACAUUUCAAAUAAAUCAUAUGGAGAUCUCCCGGAUUGUGAUAUAUCAUUUGUAAGCUCAGGAAGGCCAAGCACUGAUCGCAUGUCUGAUGACUUUGGCUCUCGUCUUUCAUGUGGCUCAGAUACAGAAAACAGAUUGAGCUUCGGCUCUGCAUUUAACUCAAAUGAAGGACUAAAUUCUACCAGCCUCUCACUCGACUCUUCACCUUCACAUAAAGUGGAUGAUGUGGAAGCUGAGAUGAGAAGGCUCAAGUUAGAGCUCAAGCAAACAAUGGAUAUGUACAGCAGUGCCUGCAAAGAAGCACUUUCAGCGAAACAGAAGGCAAUGGAACUUCAUCGCUGGAAAAUGGAGGAAGAGGCCCGACUGGAAGAGGCAAGACAAGCUGAGGAGGCAGCAUUGGCUAUUGCAGAGCAAGAGAAAGCAAAGUGCAGGGCAGCUAUGGAAGCUGCUGAAGCAGCUCAAAGGUUGGCAAAAAUGGAAGCGCAGAAAAGAAUCAGCGCAGAAAUGAAGGCACUCAAAGAAGCUGAGGAGAAAAAGAAGUAUAUGUCUACGCUUGCACAUAAUGAUACUAGGUACCGCAAAUACUCAAUAGACGAAAUUGAAGCAGCGACUGAAUUCUUCAAUCAGUCCCGCAAAAUAGGGGAAGGAGGUUAUGGUCCGGUGUACAAGUGUUACCUAGACCACACACCAGUUGCAGUAAAAGUUCUUCGUCCAGAUGCAGCUCAAGGAAGGUCGCAAUUCCAGCAAGAGGUGGAAGUUCUUAGCUGCAUACGACAUCCCAACAUGGUCCUACUCCUUGGAGCCUGUCCAGAGUAUGGUUGCCUAGUGUACGAGUACAUGGCAAAUGGGAGCUUAGAAGACCGUCUUUUCAGACAAGGAAACAGUCCAGUGCUUUCCUGGCAACAAAGAUUCAGGAUAGCCGCAGAGAUUGCAACAGGCCUCCUCUUCCUCCACCAGAGCAAACCUGAACCACUUGUCCACCGAGAUCUCAAACCAGGAAACAUCCUUCUAGACCGCAACUAUGUGAGCAAAAUCAGUGAUGUCGGUCUAGCAAGGCUAGUUCCCCCAUCAGUAGCAGACACCGUAACACAGUACAGAAUGACAUCCACAGCAGGCACAUUCUGCUACAUAGACCCUGAGUACCAGCAAACCGGUAUGCUGGGAAUAAAGUCAGACAUAUACUCAUUAGGCAUAAUGCUGCUUCAGAUCAUCACUGCAAGACCACCAAUGGGCUUGACACAUCACGUAGAGAGGGCGCUUGAGAGGGGAACCAUCUCUGACAUACUUGACCCUGAAGUGACUGACUGGCCACUUGAAGAGGCAGAGGCCUUUGCUAGAAUAUCUCUCAAGUGUGCAGAACUAAGGCGUAAAGACAGGCCUGAUCUCGGGAGAGAUGUGUUGCCUUUGCUAGAGAGAUUGAGACAACUUGCAGAGGAUUCCUUGCCAAAUAUUGACAUGAUAUAUAACAUGGGCAUGGGGGGUGGUCGCAGCAGCGCCAGUAGCAACAGUUCAAUGAGUACGCGCACCCAAGAUCAGAUCGCCUCUCAUGUAUCCAAUGAGUAAUCUAACCACUUAUUUCCUGUAGUUGUUGAUUUUGGUUUCUAUCUGCAGCUUGCAACUAAUGACCACUAAGUACAAUACAAGAGUUAGGCAAUGUGAUCAUUCUUUUUUAUUUGCUUUCCACAAAUAAGCUGUAUCUUUGUGUUCCUGUAUAACAAUUUUCCUGUUGUCAUGGCAAUUUUUAUCAGUUGUGAAAUUGGAAUGGAGUGUCGCUAGUUUAUGAUGAU